AGAGCCGCGCAGGGCGGGCUGAAGUGCCCCUGGGGAAGCUGGCCGGGUUCCCCCCCGCGAGCUGGGCUCAGUUCCGCACCGCGGUGGCAACGAGCAAAAGGCGCCGGUGUCACGCCGAGAGCUGGGAAACCGGAGCUGGGCCGUGCCGAAGGGUGGUGGCGAGUUUUGUGCCGCCACGCAAAUACCUGGGGGCGCUCGUGGGUUCCUGUGUGCCCACGGCGGUGGGCUGGGGCGUCUUGCUGCUCCCCUGCGUGUUUUUCUUUCCUGGAGCCUUGGGUCAAAGCUUGGGUUUUAAGUGAAAAUGUAUUUUUGCGUGGCCUGUCGUGCUGGAAUCAGGAGGCCUUUGGUAAAAGAGCAAACCAAAGAGAAAACACGGUGCAAACCAUCACAAGUUUUGCAGCUAGAAGUGAUGAAAACGCCUGCUAUGUAAAGGUUAAUUUCAGGAGGGUGACUUCCCAGAAACGUGGCCAAAAUAAGUGUAUAGAUAGUAGUUUAUUUGUCCAAUAUGGUAAGAUAAAGACUAGUAGCAUUUAAACGUUUAAACCAGUGAAGACUAGUGUUGGAGUGUACUACUAUGCAGUGGCCUGUGACUGAGUCUCUAAAAGUAGUAAAUAUUUACUCUGAAAACUGGAAGAAGCAGCAUAAGAAAAGUAACAAUUACAUAUCCACAGACCCAAAGGUAGGCAUAGCAUGAGCUAAUUGUGCUAGGAAGUAAUUUAAGCUACCCAUGGAAGACUGAGGGAGCACAGCUUAUUGUUGAGGGUAAAGCAAAAAGUGAAGGAACCAGCACUAAGUUACAGAAAUUAUUUUUUUUCUGGUAUGGAAUAGAGUUACUUAAUGCUGUCAGAGCUGAAACGGUACCUGGGGAUUUGUUUCUUGCUGUUUCCAGAGCUAAGUGGAACAGGAUGGUAAUGAACCUCAAUCAUAGCAGUCAAACAAGCUGUCCUGUCAGGUCAAACAUCCUCUGACAGUUUCCAGUCCAGAAACAAAGAAAGGGAGUCUGUGCUGCUGAUUCCGUAGAUCUGGUAAGUGAAGCUAUUUUGAAGUCAAGGACAGGAGUAGCCUUGGGUUAUUAAGCCUAACAAAGGAGGAUACUUGUAAUUUAACUAACAUUUAACUAAAUGUAACUGGCCUAGUUUUCCCCAGAAAUUAUGUUGACAGCUGUAUGAGUAGAUACAGAUGAAAGACGCAUGACUGGUGUGAGCUAAGUACCUGAACAGAUAGGGAGUGAUGCAAAUGUGCAGCUUCCUUUUCCCCUUCCCCUGCAGCAGGAGGGAGGGGCUGGCACGCUCUGCUCUUGAUGUCCCAGGGAGCAGGGGCCCACACUCUGCUGUGUGGGUGUCCUGCCAGGCUGCACGCUGGAGCAGACAGAUACCUGCCUGGGAAGAGAGAAUUGAACCCUUUUGUGCAGCCUGCACAGAACUAGUAAGAAUACACAGCAUUGAUACUUAAUGCAGCUAUGUGCCACAGGGUAAAAGACUCUGCACCCCUGCCUGCAACAUGCCACUGUUACAUUGCUUGCCAGGCUGCCAGAGUUAAGGCAAAGAGGCUAAUAAGAGGCAAACCUUGGAGAAGAACAGAGCUGCCUAAAGAAAGACUAUGAAAGAGUACAGAAUUACACUUUCAUAGUACACUAGCCUAGCCAUCUGUAGUGUAUGGGCUUUGUGAGCCAGCAGUUUGAUGCACAUUUAUUAGCAAUAUUUCAUAGACUUCACUUAUAUAGAUUAAUUUAACUGAUUUUUUUAAAGUUUUUUGUACUUUUGGUUACUCCUAUCAACCCUGGAGCCACAAAUCUAAUUGCGCAGUAUGAAAAAGCGUAUUUUUUUGUUUUCAAACUUCUGCCUCAUCAUUUCAUUUGAUACCUCCUAGUUCUUGUGCUAUAAGAAUUAAUGUGUCACCUUGUCCAUGUGUCUCUCAUACUGCCACUUAGAUGUCUCUUUCCCAAGGUGAAGCAUUCAAGCCUAUUUAGCUUGUCCACCAAAAGAAGCCAUUCUGAGCCAUGGCUGUCUAACCAUCACUUACUGUAUUAUUUCUGAUUCUAUAAUUGUUUUUAAGAUCAAGGACCACCACAGCACUCAGUAUUCAGGAAGCAACUAAAUACUUCCCGCCAUAUUUACCUUUUGAAUAGCAUUGUGUGUUGACGUGAUUUUUCAUAGAACUUCCUGCGGUGACUGCUGAGUUUUUUCUUUGAAUAGUACUAACUUACCUAGAGUACAUCACUCUGUAUGUGUAGUUAUGGUUGCUUUCCCAAAUUCCAUAAUUCACAACUAGCAAUAUUAAAUUUUGCCUGCCUCUAUAUUGUGCUGUCAUUCAGUGUGCCACAAUCCUCCUACAGUUCUGGAAGGAGAGCAUCUAAGACAAGAGAGUGGCAAAGGGCCAACUUUUAUGAGGCAUAUGAGGAAAGAUGCACAAGUGGCACCAGGACACCAGGAAUACAUCUCCCAUUCAGCUCCAUUGAGACUUAACCAGCAGACAACAUAACAUUCUUUUUCAAACAAGCAUCUCUGGAUGAAGAAAAUACAAAGCACUGCCAAUAAUAGCUAACAUUUUUAGGGUGGUUUUUUUAAAGGAUUAGGCAAUGAGGUUGAAAUAUUGAAGGAGAACAUAUUUAAAAUCAGACUAUGAAAGCAAUGGAGGAUCCAUAUUCUUCCCACACAGAAAUCUACAAUGAAUGAACAGAACGCCACAAUGUUCAAUCAUAUGAGGUGUGCAAAUGAAAAGGGCUACACAGGUAGAGUAAAAUACACAGUUUAUGCCAAUCCUGAUAAUAAACAAUGCAGAAGAAUCAUUUGGGGUUUUGCUUUGCUUUUUGCUUUGCUUAUUUAAGGAAAAAAAAAGGGGCAUUGUUCAGAAAUGUACUUAAUGGGUAGAGCAAUAUUUGGAAUUUUCCUUCUCUGUGCAGAAGGUACAGGGGAAACCAGUCUCACAAAAUUACUCAUUAGAUAACUUAAAGGAUAAUCCCAAGACAAACAUUUUUACAAAACAGUCCAAAUACUAUUUCAAAUGGUGUUUCCUUCACUGAACAUGCCCUGACAAAAUAUCUGACCUGAACACUCACCCAGUACUGAAAACCUGUUAUUGCGAAGAGCUACUUUUUAAUUAUGUAUGAUCUAUGUAUCUACCAGUUGUGCCAUGCUUUGUUCCCUGCUUGGUGUCCAAAGGCAGUGCUUACUUGAGCUUAUUCAGCAAUGUACAAAAAUGUCUUGGGGACAUUCAGUGGAUUUUUUAAAGAGGAGAGUUUGAGGAAUAGUGCAGGGCAACCCUGCAGAUGAUUAGUGUCAUUGGAGAGUCCCUGUGAAACUAAACACGCAGUUGUGAUGAUGAAAACAAGUGCACAGCAAAGACUGGCCACCAGACCACUGCAGUAUGCUUCCUGGAGGAACAGUUGUGGUGGUUAUGGAUAAGCUUUAUAGAGAGGCUUUUGGACAAGUUUUUUAGGAAGAUGGGUUUGCCAUAUACGCAAGGAACAUUCAGGGUCUGUGAACGAUCAUAGCUGUCUAGUCACUCCACCUGCAGAGAAACAAAUGGGAGAUCUGAGAGAGCCUGCAAAGCUUUGUAGAACUACAGAAGAAGUAGUAGAAAUAAGCCAUACAAGUGGAAUUCUUAGUUCUUACCAAAGUGUUUUGGAGACAACCUGCAUAGUCUCACAGGAGGGAGGCUUUUGUAAAUGUACUGAUCACAUUUUCAGAAUUGUAUAUGCGUGUAACUAUUUAGUAACUGAUAGACUGGCACAGUUUUGUAAUAACAAACCUGAAAUGGCAAUACAAAUGGUAACUUGCAUUAAGGUAUUAGCCACUUUGUUGUGGUGGCCAGUUGAGUCUAUACAUCAAGAUAAACUUCAAUAUGAACAUCCUCAUAGACAAGCUGAUGGAGUAUGGGCUAGAUAAGUGGACAGUGAGGUGGAUUGAUUAGUGGCUGACCUGCUGGGCUCAGAGGGUGGUGAUCAGAAGAAGGAGGUCCAGUUGGAGACCAGUCACUAGUGGUGUCCAGCUGUGGCUGACACUGGUUCCGGUACUGUUUAACACUUCAUUAAUAACCUGGAUGAUGAAACAAUGUGUACCCUCAGCAAAUUUGCAGAUGAUACAAAACUGGAAGGAUUGGCUGAUGCACCAGGUGUCUGUGCUACCACUCAGAGGAACUUGGACAUGCUGGAAAAUUUGUCAGACACGAACCUCAUGGAGGUCAACAAGAAGUGCAAGGUCUUGCACCUGGGGAGGAACAACCCCAUGCACUAAUACAUGCUGGGGGUUGGCCACCUGGAAAGCAGCUUUGCAGAGAAUGAUGAUGUUGUGGUCCUAGUGUACAACAAGCUGACCAUAAGCCAGCAAUGUGCCUGCACAGCAAAGGCUGCCAAUAGCUCUCAGGGCUAGAUUAGGAGGAAUGUUGCCAGCAGGUCAAGGGAGGUGAUCUUUCCCCUCUACUCAGCACUGGUGAGGCCACAUCUAGAGUGCUUGGUCCAGUUCUUGGCUCCCCAGUACUAAAGCGACAUGGACAUAGUGGAGUGAAACUUGUGGAGAGCCACUGAGGUAAUUAAGGGACUGGUACACCUGUCAUGCAAGGAUAGGCUGAGAGAGCUGGGGCUGUUCAGCGUGGAGAAGAGAAGGCUCAGGGGAUCUUAUCAUCUAGCUGAUGGGAGUGUUUAAUGGCAAUGGAGCCAGACUCUUCUCGGUGGUGCCUGGUGACAGGACAAGAGGCAAUGGGCACACACUGAAACAAAGGAAGUUCCGUUUGAGCACAAUAAAACAGGUUUUUACUGUGAGGGUAGUUGAACACCGGAACUGGUUGCCUGGAGAGUUUGUGGAGUUUCCUUCUGUGGAGGUACUCAAACCUGACUGGACACAGUCCUGUGUAAUCUUCUCUAGCUAACCCUGUUCUGAGCAGUGCUGUUGGGCUAGACAGUGUCCAGACAGUCUUCCAACUUCAACUAUUCAGUGACUCAGUGAAUUAGAGCCUUUCUAAGCUGUUAAUCUCAGUCUGUUUUCAUGAGGGGAAGGGAGAGAUCCAGAAAAGAAGAAAAGAAUGUAGUGUGGUGAUUUGGGAUUACCAUCAAAGCUGCAAGCUGAAGUGCUGGUCUGCUCUAAGUAACCAUUUUAUGAAAGUUACAAAAUGUCUUUUUCCUCCUUGCACCAUCCCCUUUGAGGGUCUACAUCAUUAGGCCCUUUAUGCUAAGGUGCAAAACACUGCACUAGUCAAACUACUUAAAAGGUUCAUUGAUCUGGAAACCUAUACAGAGAGGGACCACAUCAUCUCAUCACUGUUCAGGGUGAGGUGGCUGGACUAAAGAUAAAGUGCUUGCUGUGUCAAGGUUGGCUGCAUGGGAGAGGUUUUAACUGGGAGGAUCAGAGCUGGCCAACUGGUGGAGAAGGACCUUCUUGCAAAGGGGAGUUAGCCUAGAGCUAGUGAGUCAUACGUUGGUGAAAAGGCUGCACUUCCCUUGGCCAACUGGAGCCAAUUGGAGUACCCUCCUAUCAAUGCUUUCUGUCUGGGUCCCCCAGGAAAGAUGGCAGCUGAGAAAAUGAUGCAGCUAGAGGACUUUUCCUGUCAGGCUGCUGACAGCCUGUCCAUCUCUGGGGGUACAGCCCAGCCCUGGCCUGCCUUCCUGUUUCUGUUUUCAUGGGGUUUGUGUUAGAAGCUGCAUUUGUGUGUUUCACAGAGACAUACUCAAGAGCAGAACUCUGCUCCAUCCUAGUUCAUUUUCCAGGCCACAACCAAAAUCUGAGGCUGAUUCUUGUAUGACUGGGCUUUGUAAUUUCUGCUAGCAGUCUUGAUUUCCCAAACUGGGAGGGGUGAGCAGGAACCCUGUUGUUGCACAUUUGAAGUUACUUGCCCUAGAUGUCUUUUCUCUUUAUAGCCUUGCCAUGUUUUGUGCUACCAGCAUUUCAGUUAACCACUUCCACCUUUUCAUCAGUCAAGUUCCUUCUUUAAAAAAGUAGAAACCCAACAACAAGACUUUAGAUACCCUGAAAAGUAAAAAAGCAGAUUAAAAUCCCUUUGCCAUGACCAAUUAUGGUUUGUUGAAUACAAUGUUCUGUAUUUGGUUAACUAAGCUGUCUCAAGCUGGGACAGAAGCUGAUCUGGAUUUAUAAGAAUCCCAGAAAUGGGAUUAGCUAGGUGAAUGUGCUGAUCUGAUAAAAGCAGCCACCUGGAAGUGGCUACAAUACAACAGAUCAGACACCUGAUGAUGACAUGGCAGGGUUUGGAAUUACGAAUUACAUCAAGAAAAGGUUGGCAUUAUGCCAACAGGCAGGAUAUCUGAUUCAGCUGUCUUUCUUACGGAAACUAAAGUAAAAUAUAUGCUUGUGCUUAUCAUUCCCUUACUUUCUAUUAUUCUUUGAUUCAGGGCACUAUUUUAUUUUGAUGGUGUUCAGCUUCUUCUGGUUUGACUGUGUUUAUUUUACCUGCAGAUCAUAUCUAAAACUUCAAAUAUGAAUCGUUUUAAGCCUUUCUGCCAGGGUGAAAGAACAUACGUAGCACACAGAUGCAUGUACAGGAAAAAGCAGUUCCUAAAAUGUCAUGUGAGUUUCCUUUUUCAGUCAAGCCAGAGGCAGGACUCAUGGUACUUGCUCACUGACACACUGAAAUAUCUGCUUCACUCGGAUACAGAAUGCCUGGACUUCUGGGUAAUAGCAGUUCACAUGAACAGGCUGCUGUAUACUAUGCAUCAGAAUCCAUUGUCUCCAUUGCUAUCUUUAUCACCGUUUUCAUCAUAGGUAUCCUAGGCAAUGGACUGGUGAUCUGGGUAGCUGGUCUGAAAAUGAAAAGGUCUGUGAACACUGUCUGGUUCCUAAACCUUGCUGUGGCUGACUUUAUGUGCUGCUUGUCCUUGCCAUUUUCUGUUGUUCACCUGGCCCUCCAUGAACACUGGCCAUAUGGUUGGUUCCUCUGCAAAGUCAUUCCAUCAGUCAUAAUCUUCACCAUGUUUGCUAGUGUCUUCCUACUCGUGGCCAUCAGCAUUGACCGGUGCCUCCUUGUGAUGAAACCUGUCUGGUGUCAAAAUCAUCGAACAGUGAAAUUUAUAUCACUAAUAUGCAGUGGUAUUUGGAUCCUGGCCUUCAUUUUCUGCUGUCCUGUCUUUCACUACCGUGACACUAGCACUCAUGACGGCAAUAUUGAGUGUGGGUACAAUUUUGGAGAUGACGAAGAUUAUAUGGAUGAUUCUGUAAAUGAGUUACUGGAAGAAUACUCACCUUUAGCCUACAGUGGUAAUGACUCAUGGGGAAAUUUCCAUGAAACUGAUUAUCCUGUAUCCCUUGCCUCAAUGGUAAUAAACAUUACUAGGUCUGUCUUUGGCUUUGUACUCCCCUUUGGCAUAAUGGCAGUUUGCUAUGCCCUUAUUGCUUUCAGAACACAUGCAAAUCAGUUUCACAAGCCACACAACAGGAUGCUGCGAACAAUUGUGCUUGUGGUAGCUGCGUUCUUCAUCUGCUGGGCUCCAUACCACGUAAUUGGGAUUCUGUCCCUUGCACCUACUCUUGGGACAGGACUAAGGGAGUCAUUGAUCCUCUGGGAUCACCUCUCUACAGCACUUGCAUAUGCCAACAGCUGCAUCAACCCCCUGCUCUAUGUUUUUGUGGGACGGGACUUCAGGGCAAAGGCACGGCAAUCAGUGCAAGGAAUUUUGGAAGGUGUCUUUACUGAGGAACUAACGCAUCUGAUCCCUUACUCCCUUGACAGAAGCAAGGCUUCAACAGACAAGGACGUUAGCAGCACAGUGUAAUUCAGGACUUCAAUCACCACUGUAAAAAGGGCGAGCUAUGGCCCCACACAUCAAUCACUGUCCACUUAACAGCUUUUUUUGCUCCAACACAUUUGAUUAAUCUGCAGAUCCACACACAGGUCACUGAGGUGAUUCAGAUCAGAACAGCUAACCCCCUUUAUAUCCUGCUCCAGAGAGGUGGGACUUCAGAAGUACCAAGAGUAAUAAUCUGAGGGAGGGCUCUGGUGAAGCAGAAGACACAGAGUACUUUUAACCUUUAAAGAAGAAAGCAGGCUUGCAGAAUGAUUUGUGGUAAGAUGAUGUAGUUUAACCGCUGAAUUGCUAGAUGAGAAUGUCAUUAGAGUUAUUUGCAUGUCUAUGUUCUACGUCUCCGAUAAACUGCAGAUGAAACUAACUUUGAUGUCUCUCCUUGGAAUCUGUCAUC